AAAUUCUAGUAAUGAAGAACCAGACUCAGACCACGAAUUAAAUAUUGACCUAGCUGACCUUGUCUACACUGCCCCACCUUCUCCACCUCCUGUUUAUCAAACUCUUGUUAUACCCUUACCCCUACCACCACCUCUCAAUCCUCUUAAUUCUCCUGCCAAUAUGGGUGAUCAAGCUUUACGAGAUGCUGCUACUGCUAUAACUGCACUGACCACUGCUUUAGGAACUGUUUCUGAACAAACAUUAAUCACAGUAGAGCCCUUCCUUG